UUGCCGGUAAACAUUUCACAAGCAGACUACUCCAAGGGAAUUUCUCUCAGUUACUUCAGCUUGUUACUAGAGACAGACCAACACACAACGAAAAUCGGGCGUUUACUUAAAAUGUAUUUGAAAUCGUUUCCAGUUUUGCUGUGUAUAUUUUAUGUGACUGUUGUAUGCUCUGCAAAGAAACCUGUCACGAAGGAGAACUGUGAAGUUUGUGUAACAGUGAUAGAAAAAUUUGAAAAGACUUUAAGUGAUGAAGACAGAAAAGAUUCGACUAAAGUUGAAAAGCUGUUCAUGGAUUUUUGCAAACAUCUUAAAUCAAAAGAAGAAAGAUUUUGCUAUUAUAUCGGUGGAUUGAAAACAUCUGCAACUUACAUUCUUGGUACCAUGUCAAAGCCAAUGAAAUCUUUCAUGCCUGCAACGAAAAUUUGUGAAAAAUUAAGAGAUGCAGACAACCAAAUUUGUGACCUCAAAUAUGACAAACAAAUAGAUUUAACAAAAGUGGUCUUGAAGAAACUAAAAGUGAAGGACCUGAAGAAAAUCUUGUCUGACUGGGGAGAGGAUAAUGCUUGUAAAGGAUGUGCUGAAAAAACAGACUUCAUCAAAAAAGUAGAAGAACUUAUGCCAAAAUAUGCACCAGAAGCAGCAAAGUUACGAGAAGAAUUAUAGACCAGCCUAACAUAUCACCAUCACAUUAAACUGAAUUUACAUCAUGUCAUGAAUAGUUGUUAAGGAGUGUCAUCAGAUAAUGUAUUUAUCAGUUUUUUUUGCAUUGAUUACUUUUUUCAAUAAAUGUGAGGAAUAGGAGAGGUUGAUGAAAUGUAACAUUAUAGUUGUUAAGAAUUUAGAGUACAAUAGGUACAUAUAUCAAUACUGAUAAUGACUAUUUCCAUAAGAAAACUCAAUAGAAUCUUCCAGGACAGAAGCACAAAAACUAAGUCCUCAUUUAUUAAAAUUGCAAAUGUUAGAUGACUUCAGAACUUAAAUAACCCUUUUUUAUACAAAGUCCAGUAUAUUUUCAUCUGGAAAUUUCAAACUAGAAAAAAGGGGACAAAAAUAGAAAAUAUCAAUGUCAUACAUGUGUGAAUGAAUAGCAUGUAGGUUUUUCCUCAAUGCAUGCCUUUCCAAUAUCUUGCAAUUUAACAUUAUUGAAAAAACAAAGCACUGAAAAAUUCAAUCUGCUUGUCAAUUUGAAAAAUUUUACCUUGGGGGGGGGGGGGGUCAAUUUUAAAUUGGGACAGCUAAGAUCCUUUUUCCCAUCCUGCUUGCAUUAGCUAUUAAAACUUUAAUAUGCUAUUAAAACUCUCUAAUAUGCAAGUUUUUUCCCCAUUUGCCCAUUAUCUUUCUGUCUGUCCAAUGGUUAGUUUUCCCUUAUUUCUUCUGAGGAAAGCAUAUUAAAUUGACACUUCGACAAAAAAUAAUCAGUGUAUUUUUUCAAUUGAUAAAAACAAAGUUAUGUUGGCUCAUUUUCAUAGAAGUGACCUGUAUGAUUUUUAUGUAUGUAUAGAGUCAGUGUGGGUCCUGAGUAUUAUGUAAGAAUUUAGAUGUGCAAGAAGUCUUGUGUAAAGAAUUUAUGUAAGUACAAAUAUUUGAGAGAUGAGGAAAAAAUGCUUAUGGUGGAUUGUUGUUUGUCUUUACAAAAAUGUGUUGUUAUUUAUACUACAAGUAUAGAGUAUUAUAUUGAUGUAAGCUGUAACAUUUUUAGAGGCAUGAUGAUGCAUUUUGAGAAGAUUGUAACAUCAGUUUCAUUGGAUUUGUUAUUAAAUAAAGUAAAAAUGUCA